AUGCGGUGGCGUGAGGUGCCAACUGCUUCUUUCGAUAUCCGCUUUCAUGAAGAAGGUCAGGAGGGUAAAGUGAGCCCGGCCAUGGACCUCUUGUCGGAUGCUGGAUUUGAGUUAGCAUUGUUGACUGUCUUGAACGCAAAGAUGGGAUCCUUUCUGGCAGUAAUCGGUCUUGUUUGUCGAAGCUUUGUCACUAUUUCUUCUGGCACCCACAAGAGAACACCAUGGCGGCCUUUGGGGGAUGAGCGGGUGGCAAUGGUGCAAGAGGGCAAUGGACUCCUCUCACGGGUGACUUUGCUGAUCAUGGUGAUAUCCGCCAUGGGUGGUUGCUGGUUGCUGGAGCAGCCACGGACAAGCCUCAUCCUUUACCAUCCCCGUACGCGACACUUGUGGCGCUUGCUCCCAAAGGUGUAUUCGGCCUCCUGGUGGAUGGGCCUCUACAAUGCCUUGACACCAAAGAGGCACAUUGCCUUUUCCAAUGCUACUGCUGUGAAGCUCCUGGAUUUGGGGACCAUGUCCAGGGAGGCCACCCCAUCACAACUGGCCGCUGCCAAGAAAAAGCGGGCUGAGAGACCUGUGGCCACCCCAGCCAGAGCAGGUUCAAAGAUGCAACUCGAGAUUGAGAAGCUCAAGGUGGAGUUGGAACAGGCCAAGGGGGCACCCGCAGCAAAGAUGGCUCGUCUCAGGAGGGUUUGCGAGCGUAAGCCCAGUGGCAAACUGAUGGUCCCAGAGGAAGUGCACAAUCGUUGGCGCACGGCCAAUCACGAUGAGCGUGUGGCCAUGUGCGACGAGCUAGAAGCUGCUGGGAAGGACAUCUACAACAAGAACCUUGAAAAGUUCUACGUGGUUGUGGACGAGAACGACACCGACGUGUCCGAGGAUGAGGAAGUUGAGCAAAACAUCAAAGAGGAAACUGUGCCCCAGCUGCCUUCAUCAGCAUUGGCAUGCCACGUGGGAUAG